UAUUGAUGAUGACAAGAAAGUUCAGUUCAAGUUUUUCGCCCCGUUUAGGAGUAGUAUCGUCCUGUAUUUAGGUUAGAUAAUAGUUAGGGUGUAAAGAAAUGCAACAAAAGGAUUCUAUAGUUGUAAAGUUAUGAUGAACUGGUCAGGAAAGCAUAGCUCAGGAAAAAAUUGUAAAAGCCGUUAUUGUGUCCACAAUAGCUGUGACAAACCUACGUCGUCAAAUGGAUAUACCGAUUUUCGGGAGGAGGCAUGUUCACAAGCGAACGAUUAUUUAGUCGAACCCAGAUUCGAUAUGGACGGCAAGUCAACAUAUGGAGAUUACGGAGGAGCAUGUGUACCUCCUGGAAAUCGUCACUUUAUACCAAGAAGAGCAAAGUUAAAAGCCGCCGGUGGCCGAUCGAUUUCUUUAUAUGAAAAAUGGCGCUUGAUGCAGUAUCACACAAAUUGUAUCAUGAAAAGAUUCAUGGAAGCACAUUCCGUCAAUGUAUCUGUUCUACCUCCGUGCGUAAACUACGAUUUGUGGAAGCACCCUAAGUGGAAAUUACUGUACGACAAGCCCCUGGACGAAGACCCUUGUCCAGAUUGUGACGUACGUUUCAGCGCAGAUUCUGAUGGCAUAUAUCGACCGAAAAUUGCACCUGCUAGUAUACUCUUACCAGGCAGAUGGCGGAGAAGACUUUAUUCGGACACAAUAGUAUUGAUUGGUCUUCCUCAGCAUAUCACUGUGGCGUAUAUGAAAGAAACACCUAGCCACGUGUACGUGGAAUAUGUGGAUCCAGCUGGACCAUCAGGAGAUAGACGAGGGUCAGAGGAGGUUCAAUUGUGGAUGCAUCAAUAUUUAGGUCCAAGAUUAGGAAAACCGAUCAAAUUUUAUCAAGCGGCUAAGGGAAUCAACUUUCAACUGGAUAAAAAUGACGUCAUGUGUCAGACUUGGAUUUGGUACUGGGUCUAUUUCAGAUUAGUUCGCAGAGUUACUACAGAUGCAAUGGCCAGACAUGUAUAUCAGUUAGGAAUUCAAGGAAAAAGUUUAAAUCGAAUCCACCGCUACAAUUGUUGGCUGUCGGAUUUGCAUAAACUAGGAUUUUAUACAACUGAGACAAGAUCUCAAACACGAGUGGCCGUUGAAAUGACUCCAGCUCGGCCCCAUCCUGCCGCUAGACCAGAGAAGAAACGUAGCAGAAUGCAAGUGGCUUUAAAGAAAAUUAUUAAGAAAACUUCAAACACUUGUUUCUCAAAGUCAUACGCUUACAAUUCAAGUGACGACGAAUCUGAUACUGAUGUGGAUGAUUUACAGACCGAAUCGUCGUCUUGCACUUCCGGUGAUUUUGGUCUCAAUGAUUCAGGAACUUCGCUAUCUGAUGAUAUAACCGACUAAAUAAUUCCACUGUGUUCAAAUCUCUAUAAUUAUCCCUAUAUAAACGAAGUGUGCCUGGACUUUCUCUUUUAAUUAAAAACACGAUAUUUAUAUGUGUUUUUUUGCUUAAAUUAACAGACAUAUGAUUACUUUAAUUGAUGACACAUUA